ACAGAUAGCAUAUGCUUCUAAUCCUGUUCUUCUCAGAGUUAUCAUACACAUUUGUGAGCCAUGGCUACCAUCAACCUCUCUUCAAUGCAAGCUCUCUCCUUUCAUCGUUUAUCCUCUUCUCACCCCCAAAAUACCCGUACCCUUUCGUUCAAUUUACACUCCAAGCCCUCUUUCAACCCACGCCCAAUUUCCCUAAAACCCUACAAUUCAGACAACCCUCGUAAAUGGACGGUGUCUCUCGCCGUGAAAACCCUCGGUGAGACGGAGGCGGUGGCGGUGUCGCCGGAAAACGAUGGGCCCGCCGGAGAAUUUCAUCCGGGCGCCGGUGUCUACGCCGUGUAUGACAAGGAUGGUGAGCUUCAGUUCAUCGGUAUAUCGCGCAAUGUUGCGGCGAGCGUUUCGACGCACCGGAAAUCGGUGCCGGAGCUAUGUGGCUCCUUUAAGGUUGGGAUAGUGGAUGAACCUGACAGAGAAGCUCUAACCCAAGCAUGGAAGUCUUGGAUGGAAGAAUACAUCAAAGUUAAUGGAAAAGUUCCACCCGGUAAUGAAUCAGGAAACACCACUUGGGUUCGGCAGCAGCCUAAGAAGAAGCCUGAUCUUCGGUUAACGCCUGGUCGGCAUGUGCAAUUAACUGUCCCUCUAGAGGACCUCAUCGACAAGUUGGUAAAAGAUAACAAGGUAGUUGCAUUCAUUAAGGGCUCUAGAAGUGCACCAAUGUGUGGAUUCUCACAGAGGGUCAUAGGCAUUCUUGAAAGUGAAGGAGUGGAUUAUGAGAGUGUAAAUGUGCUCGACGAGGAUUACAACUACGGAUUGAGGGAGACACUUAAAAAGUACAGCAACUGGCCCACAUUCCCCCAGAUAUUUGUGGAUGGUGAACUGGUUGGGGGUUGUGAUAUAUUGACCUCCAUGUAUGAAAAAGGUGAAGUGGCUAGUGUGUUCAAAAAAUAACUGAAGGAUUGCAUUUAGGCCUUUUUUUUAAGUGGGGACUAGAAGUAGAGCCUGGGAAAUUAAUGGUAGUGCAAAGUCAUUCGUGCUUUGCUGAAGAACAUUGUCUUGUAUAUUUAAUCUUAAUCAUAUUAGAAAAUUGUUGAUUAUA